UGAAUGAAAUAUAACUAGAUUUCAUCAACAUUUCACACAUCUUUUCUGUUUUCCUUCCUAAAUCCCUCUCCAAAUCCAUGAACCAAACACAACCAAGGGAAUAUAUUCUUAAACUAUAUGAACCAAACUUGGGGUUGAAUCAAAUUUAAGAGUGGAACUGCUCGAGCCUUAAAGCAAAUUUAAAUGUCUAUUUGAAUCAAAUUUAAUUGAUCUUUUAGACUAUUCAAAUCAAAUUUAAAUGACUUAAAAGAGAUGAUGAGACUUAAGAGAAUUGUUCGAGCCUUAAAGCAGACCUGUACUAUAGGGAUUUAUAUGAAAUUAUUUACUCUUUUGUUGAUUAUCAUUUAAACUUACUGAUUUCUGCUUUGGAUAGAUGAUUGAUAAUAAGGAAUUUAUGCUUACUUGAGCCUUUAUUUGUUGUUGCUCAUGAUGUACCUAAUGAUCCGUUAGAAUUGGACCCUUUAGAUGCACAGGUCAUAUAAGAACAAGACUUUGGCCUUGGAUUGUAGUUUGAAGUUUAAAGAGAUAUCAUUUUGUCACCUCAAUUUUAAAAUUUUACAUUUGAAUCCCUUAAUUUAUAAAAUUGCUUUACAUAUUUAUUUAUUUUUCUUUCUAACUGAUCUACAACUUAUGGUAGUCAAAAGGUUACUACUAUUCUACCUCAGUGAUAUUUGAUUUAACUUCUUUAGAUGAAGGUGAUGCAAUAGGAAUGAAUCAAAAAGUUUAUUUUAAAAAUAAAAAUUAAAAACUCAGAAAGUCUUAAUAAAUAGUGACAUAAACCAAUAACUAAAAAAACGAGUGACACUGUAAUAUUUCUACUUAGUUUUUCUUAUUUUGGGUAGGACUGCCACCAAAUCAAAGGACAACUCUUGUAACCUUUAACUUAAUUUAAUCCCCUUCAUAAUUGUGGGGGAAAGGUUGAAAAAGAAAGGCGAAAUGCCUCUCAUGAUAUAGAGACUAUUGGAGCAACCGGCUUGAUUCUUGGCUAGUCAAAAUGCCUAAAAUCCCUCUUUUGCGUUGUCUGUUGGGGUUACUCUUAUGCUAUGCAGUUUGCCCUACGGUGUUGGAGAUGCUUUAACUCUCUCUGUCUCUCUCAUUUCAACUUCUCUGUGAAGAGCAGGAUCCAAAAGCCCAUAAAACACUCACACUUGAUGGAUCCAAAGUUAUUGAGCAACCAGAGGCACACGAGGAACACCACCAACACCAUCUGUUCCUCUUUUGUCAAUGCGGUGUGUUUGCAUGAUUGGUGGCUAAUUAAGCUUGACAUGGACUCCAAUGGAAGAACAUUAGGUGUUGGAGGACUUGCAUUUAGAGAGAGACAAACGAUAAGAGCUUUUUACUCUGUAGCUAUUGCCAAGAGGCAUGAUACAGUCACUCUUGAGACUGCAGAUGGCAUCACAAUUACAAUUACUAGCUUCAUAAAUAGGUCUAUCACACUUGAAAAUGGCUUUCCAGCUGAGGUUUGCAAUCAUUUCCUUUUUGGAUUUCCAUGUUACUGGGAAGAGUAUGCUGGUCGAUGUUUCGUUGAAGAAUCUAUCAACAGAUCGAUUCCAUCCAGGAUUUCUAGCUUUGAUGGAUUCGACAUGUCUUCAGAUGAUGGUACAGACUCCCUACCAAUUUCCUUGGGUGAUCUUCCAGUGACACGUGUACGUGAUCUCUUAAUGUCCAGUGUUGGAGAUUCUGGCAAUUGUGUGCUAGCAAAGAGUCUUUUGAAUGAUAUCCUGCGAAAAUAUGGAAGUAAUGAUUUUAAACAUGAUGGGCCAGCAGUUCAAUCGAACAUGCAAAGUAAUUGUCCAGGGAUGACUAUGGAUUCUGUACUGGGUGGAACUCCUUGUAAUUCUAACAGAACUAUGGGUAAGCAGAAGAGAGAAGACAAUAAUGGCAGUAAUCCAUUAAUGACUGGGGAUUCUGUGUGUGAUGGAACUCCAAAAAAUCAAAACAAAACUGAGGUUGAUCCGAAGGUCAAAGAAGAUGAUAAGGGAAUAGAAGAAUCUGAGAAUGUAAUUCCUGAUUGUGAAAUGGGUUUGGAUGUCAAUAGCAGUAGAAGGGUUACCACAAGAAGCAUGGCUAGAUUGAAUAAUUCAAGUAACAAGCGGAAAAGGAAUCUUUCACUGAAUACUCGUGUUACUUGUAGACUUACUGAACCGUUUUCUGCAUCAGAGACCUCUGGGGACCAAUGUGGACAGGUGGUAAAUAGAGGAAAUGCUUCAAGAGAGAGUUGUCCUACCAUAUUAUUGUCUGAUGCAGAAAUAGAAGCUAAAGAAACUCCUGAUAAUUCUACUUCCAGAAGACCUAGCAGUCUAAAAAGCUCAAGUGAUCUAUUUUCUACAACAGAGGCCUCUAAGAAUCAAUGUGGAGUGAUACCUAGAAGAAAUGGUUCAAAUUUAACUAGAAACGAGAUGGAACUUAAGCAAAUCACUGAUAAAUCUGCAGUCAGAAGAUCAAAUAGACUGAGAAACAUAAACAAAUGAUUGGAAAGGACUGAAAUUAGAAGGAAGCGGGAUUGGUUUGAUGGAACUUGUUCGUGGAAACAAGGAUUUUGAUUUCUUUAAUUGCAAGGGUUUCGAUAAACUAGGCUCAUGUUCACUCAUUAUUGCUUGUUUAGUGUUGAUGGGAAGUUUGCUUUCAUAUUUUUCAGUUUUUAAGAAUAGCAAAACUUAUCUUGUUGGCUAAAACAAAACGGUUUACUUCUUACCCUAGUUCAUAAGGGUGCCCAAUCUGGAUUUGGAGAGAGAGUUGUAACUUGUAAGGGCGCCCUAAUUCCUAAGGGCACCUAAUCUGUGCAGGUCAGUGAUAACGUAAGUCACAUGCAACAGAGUAACUCAUAUCCCUAGCUGUUAAACAUUUGUGAUUCUACAACUUGAAGGCUAGAGUUGUAUUUUCUCUGCUAAGAAUAGAAAUCACUGAAGUGCUGUAAAAGCUGGUCCCUUCUGUAUCUUCUUAUUGCUCUAUUGUUACAGGGUAUAUCAUUUUAGAACCUUUUCAAAGUGUGAUUGUCAAAAUAUGUUUAAACCCAAGUUUUGUGGAAGGUUGAGGCAUUACAAGUUUCAUAUAUUAGUCAAAGGCUCUUUUUUGUAAUUAUGAUUUUUUCAACUAGGCAAUGAUCUUCAUUUGAUU